UGUGAGGUACUGAUGGGACGGAGAACCCGGGAGCAGCGGAGGACACAGCGGAGGGACGGACAGACAUGAUGGGCUCCAUGCACCGGAGCCGCAGCCUGAGUGAAAGCACCAAGCCAUCGGCAGAACGCCAGCGCCUCUUGUCUCCAUCUCCACAUUAUGGCUCCUCGCUGUGCGACCAGCUCAGUCCGGAGGAGGUGCAGCUCCGACGCCGGCUGAAGUAUUUCUUCAUGAAUCCGUGCGAUAAGUUCAGAGCCAAGGGAAGGAAACCCUACAAGCUGGUCCUGCAGCUCAUCAAGAUCCUCAUGGUCACUGUACAGCUUAUCCUGUUUGGCCUCAGUAACCAGAUGGUGGUGCAGUUUAAGGAGGAGAACACGGUGGCUUUCAAACAUCUCUUCCUGAAGGACUACACGGAUGAUUCAGAUAAAAGCUUCGCCGUCUACACCCAGAAUGAUGUGUACGAGCAUCUGUACUAUGCCGUGGAGCAGUAUCUGUCUCUGCCCAACCAAACCACGGCUCGCUACGCCUAUGUUCACAACUUCAACCAAUCGGCGCUUUCCAUCUGUCAGCAGUAUUAUCGCAAGGGCCACAUCGAUCCGGCCAACGAUACCUUCAAUAUUGAUCCGCAAGUUGUUACAGGUAAAGAUUUGGUAUCCCCGGGGUCUGGUAAUGGUCGGAGAGAAGGUUUCACUAUAACUUUUUACAGACUAAUAAACCUCACGGUGCAGUUCCAGUUAAAAGCUAUAAAUAUCCAGACAAUCAUUAAUAAUGAACUUCCGGACUGUUACACCUUUUCCAUCACUAUCCUAUUCGAUAACCAGGCGCACAGCGGACGGGUGAAAAUGCAGCUGGACAAUGACGCUACUAUUAAAGAGUGCAAAGAUCCCAUACUAAGCUACUUCUCUUCUCCACCAGGUGACAACCACUCUCGUUUGGCGUUUGAUGUGAUUGUGAUCCUUUCUUGUGUCCUUUCCUUCAUCUUGUGUGGACGUUCCAUCGUACGGGGCCUGAGAUUGCAAAACGAAUUUGCUCACUUUGUACUCACCCGUCGCAAUCUCCGAGUCUCCGUAUCUGACCGGCUGGAGUUUGUGAACGGCUGGUACCUGCUGCUCAUCGUCAGUGACAUCCUCACUUUAUCCGGUACUGUCCUGAAGAUCGGCAUCGAGUCCAAGACUUUUGCCAGUUAUGACGUCUGCAGCAUUCUCCUGGGCACUUCCACAUUGCUGGUAUAUUCCAUUUCCAAAUUUUGUAGCUAUUUAUUUUUAUUUAAUUAUUACAAUAUUCUGAUCGUUACACUCCGAGUGGCUCUUCCUGACGUCAUCCGGUUUUGUUGCUGCGCUGCUGUAAUUUACCUCGGGUACUGCUUCUGUGGCUGGAUUGUACUGGGACCGUACCAUGUCAAGUUCCGCUCGCUCUCCAUGGUGUCAGAGUGCCUUUUCUCUCUUAUAAAUGGGGACGACAUGUUUGUCACCUUCUCAGAGAUGCAGAACAGCAGUUACCUCGUGUGGAUGUUCAGUCAGCUUUAUUUAUAUACCUUCAUCAGCCUCUUCAUCUAUAUGGUGCUCAGUCUCUUUAUAGCUCUGAUCACUGGAGCCUAUGAGACCAUUAAGUUUCAGAACGCAGAAAAACACAAUGUCUCGCCUCUCUAUCGGUAUAUAGCGGAGUGCGAGGACAGCCCCAGCUCCGGGAAAUUCCGAUCCACCAGCACAACAAACUGCUCCAUGUUAUGCUGUUGUGCCAAUCCAUCCCAUGCUGAUGAAGAUGAGGCAGUCAUUAACUGAAGCGAUUUCCUUCUGACCUUGGAAGUGCAAAUAGAGGAUUCCUAAAUACUGGAUCUUCAGGAUUUUAAUUCCAUUUUAAUGACCGUUGUUUUAAUUGACUUUCCGUUAUGUUAAAGACUUGACUCCACUCCUGCCUUGCGCGUUGAUGCAGACGGAUAGGGGACGCAUCUAAGCUGCCAAGUCCUGCGAGUGAUAAGCUAAAUAUGUAAUUGUUGUACAUUUUAUCGGGGGUUUUAUUUAUAGGAAUGAUUGGGUAGGGAUAUAAUGAAG